CCAUCCAUGCUCUUGUACAAGUGUUUCAAAGCUGGCGCUUCUCUAUUCACAGCGGCACACUGCGCAUCCAUCCAUCCAUCCAUCCAGACACAGAGCCCUGCUGUGUGCUGCACUGCCGAUAGAGCGGAGGAGACAAGUUUGGCUGGGCAAGGAAUAUAAGGCCCCAGCAUCAGGACAGAGGAGUCGGAAGGGGGCGGAGUGUGUCCGUCUAAGAGUUGUGUGUGUGUGAGAGAGAAGGGAAGGGGGAGUUGCCUUGAGAGUUGCGCGGGCCAAAGGGCCACGCUCGGCAGACCGUGGAACGUGUCCAGUCAGCUAUUCAGCCGUGGAGCGAUAUCCCAGGCAUAUCCCCUCUUAGAGCCGAGUUUCAGUGUCGCCGCCGUGGAGCGAGCAGCCGAGUGCUUAAUGAGCGCAGACAAGCGUUGAUCAUCGCCCGUUGAAACGCUUUUCUUUUCAUUCCGUCCGAUUGUCUACUCUUACGACGACUACACCAACACCAUUCUACCAUCCUACCAUCGGCACUGUGCGAAUCAGUCACGCCGAUAUUUUAUCUUUCUUUCUUUUUGAUCGCCAUCGAAUCGUUUGCCCAUCAUUUGGUUCUGCCCCGACACCGUCAAACUGUUUUUAAAAAGAGACUCUCUACCGUCUUGUGGCUGUGUGCGGGGCCUAUCGAACUUGCGUGUGUGUGUCGUGAUGAUCAUUUGUGCUUCGAUCGAAAUUAUUCCGCCGGUAGAAUUGCAGCAACUGUUGUAAGAUUCAAUCACGCCAAUGCCAUUUGACCUGAUCCGCUGGAAAGAAAAGAAUUAAGGACGAGGCUGUGAGACAUUUGGAUCGACGCACCUAGGCCAUUGAUUUUUUCCCGGCGAUUAUAGACGCUCAAUUGCCGCAGUGAUUGACUUUCUUUUUGGUCACCGUGUGUGCGUGCAAAAUAUAAAAAAUAACUCAACGUCCUUCCAUCAUCAUCAUCAUCAACAGCUGGUUGCCAAAAAUAGCCACACAAUCAACAUCUGCUCUUGAGACGACAUUUGAUUGUCCAAACCGACCGGGAUUAUCAUCAUCCCGUCCAUUUUUUGUCACCAAGUCGUUAACCAAAAGCCUCCAAAAUUCAAGCCUUCAGCGAAGCCAGCAUGCCGCACAAAGCUGACUUUUGUUUCCACCAUUCAGGGCAUAGCGGCGUCAACCAGCUAGGCGGAGUCUACGUCAACGGCCGACCGCUGCCGGACUCGACCCGCCAGAAGAUCGUCGAGCUGGCCCACUCCGGCGCCCGUCCCUGCGACAUCUCCCGCAUCCUCCAAGUCUCCAACGGAUGCGUCUCGAAAAUACUCGGCAGGUAUUACGAGACCGGGUCGAUCAAACCGCGGGCUAUCGGCGGCUCCAAGCCCCGGGUGGCGACGUCUUGCGUCGUGACCAAGAUCGCCGACUACAAGCGCGAGUGUCCGUCCAUCUUCGCCUGGGAGAUCCGCGAUCGCCUCCUGUCAGAGGGCGUCUGCAACAACGACACCAUCCCCAGCGUUUCUUCGAUCAAUCGCGUGCUGCGGAACUUGGCGGCGCAGAAGGAGCAGCAAUCGGCGGCGGCCGCCAGCGAGUCCGUCUACGACAAGUUGCGCAUGUUCAAUGGGCAGGCCGGCGGCUGGGCGUGGUAUCCGGGAGCUCCGCCUCCCACCCACCCGGCCCUAUCUCUGCCUCACGGUCACGUUCCGGCCACCCCGCUGCCCAGCGGCGGCGGCGGACAUCACCUGAUACGCGACGAUCCCCACAAAAGAGAUUGCAACGAUGGCAACAUCUCGGACGGCAAUUCCGACUUGCACAACUCGUCGGGCGACGAGGAUCCGCAGAUGCGGCUGCGUCUCAAACGCAAGUUGCAGCGCAAUCGCACCUCCUUCACCAACGAGCAGAUUGAAAGUCUCGAAAAAGAGUUCGAACGGACCCACUAUCCCGAUGUUUUCGCUCGUGAACGACUCGCCGAAAAGAUUGGCCUACCGGAGGCUCGCAUUCAGGUGUGGUUCAGCAAUCGCCGGGCCAAGUGGCGGCGUGAGGAGAAACUGCGCAACCAGCGGCGCGGACCGGAAUCGACCAGCGGAGGCAGCGGUGGCAGCGGUGGGAGCGGAGGCGGCGGCGGAGUUGGCUCCUCCUCUUCGUCGGCGGCGGCGGCCGCAGCGGCCGCAGCCGCGGCCACUGGCCGUCUCAACAGCAUCAACUCGGGCCUCAACAGCAUGUACCCGAGCUUGACUCAACCUCUGGCAUCCAUGGCUGAACCCUACAGUUCGAUGGCAACGUCGCUGAGCAGCAUGGGCGGAAUGGGAGGCAGUUGCGGUCUUCAGCAGCGCGACCCGGCCACGGCGGCGGCCUACCCGUCGUACAUGUUCGCCCAUCACGGCGGCGACCCGCUCAGCUCGCUCCAAUCCUCGUACAAUCAGCACCAGCGGGCGGCGGCCGCGGCGGCCGCUUGCAGCGCCGCUCAGGCCUCGUCGGUCGCCUCGGCUCACAGCUACGCUACCAGCGCUCACGCUCAAACAGAUGCUGUCUAUCGUUUAGGUGUCAUAUCGGCCGGCGUCUCAGUUCCUUUGCAAAUACCCAGCCAUCAGGGAUCCGACAUCGCGGCUAAUUACUGGCACCGUCUCCAAUAAUCAUCGGAUUCGACUAUCUAAACAAGUUCAAUCAACCCAAACAAUUUCACCGGACUACCAGAGGAAACGGAAAUAUAAAAAAUAAUUGGCAUCGUCUGCGCCUAAAUGAUCUGGCGAGAAAUGAAAUAGAACUCAAAAUUAAUUUUUUUUUUCGUGGUGGGUUACAUACCUGUGUGUUGCUUUUUAUUAUUUGGUCCCAAUUUUGUCUUCAUUUCUUUUGAUUUCCCAUUUGAUAUUAUUAUUAUUGCGAUGUGGCGAGCUAAUCACAGGUGGGCUCAUUCGAUGUGUGUUUCUAAAGAAAGAAAAACAACAACUCGGUGUUUGUUCGAACUUCCCGAGACCUAUACAUAUUUACACGUAGGCUCUAUUAAAACUAUAUAACCAAUUCAAUUAACGAAUGAAAGAUAACCCAAAAAACACAUUUUUUUCUAAGACACUUUUUGACUUAACUCGUUUCUCAUAUAAACCCACCGCCGCCGCUCGUAGGACAUCAGUUGGCAACUGCUGACUGUCCGUGUGACGGUGGAACAAUUAAUCCUCCAGUGGUUGUGUCCGUUGGCUGAUGUGCAUGCAA